CGAAAGCCGCGUCUCUGUUUGUUUACGUGCCGCCGUGUCAAUGCACCGCGACUCGCGAUACUGCAUCCAAUCAGCUAAAAGAACGCUCGCCGGGGCCGCAUCCAAUGAACCCAUCGGGCAGACCAGACUCCGAUGAGCUACGCCACUCGUAGAUGUUGAGGUGGGGGAAUCGCCACAGAACAAAGUGUUCGAUCUAACACUAAGCCGACGAAAAAUAGGACGCGUGUAAAUAUUUACCUAGCUGAGAGAUUCGGGUUCUUGUUUUACGAUCGCUUAUCAGGCCCAGAGAUGCGUUUGCCUGCCGCUGUCAUUGUCAGUGUGUGUCUUCUGCUGUCCGUUCGAAACUCGAAGCUUAUCGGGAUGCCUUAAUUGGACCAAUAAAGUAACACAAAGCGGCAUUUAAAACGCUCGACUAUGUAGUCUACGUUGAUUUUCCGCACACACACAACCUCGGUCGAUGUCAACUUGUGUGCUCGGACGGGGCCAGACGCCUCAGUUCAUCUCUGUGCAGCUUUGCAAGUGGUCGUCAAUAAAUCGCGUUCGCCAUGUCCACCGCAGGAGAAUCAGUAGGCCCUGUACCAGUGCCAGUGGCAGUGCCAGGUGCUGCCUCAAAUUACAUUUCCACAUUGGAUUUGAGCGGCGAGCAUUGCGAGCAGAGGGGUGGAACAGGUGUUAGCAGCGGCUCAAAGGUGAUACGCUUCAUAUGGCACACGCUCUACAGCAAGUACACUCACCUCUGCUCGAGAUCGCAGACGCUGAAGCAGCUGGUCUGCCGCGAGGCCAACAAACCGCUGCCCAAGAAGCUGCGACACACCAUGCGCCUGAACAAGUCCGCCAAGCGAAAGGGAUACGAGUAUUACAUCAGCGAAGAGGACAGAAGUAUACCAGCCGGAAUUCCGAACUGUCCGCGCGGAUUGGAAUACCUUACGACUGUCGACCAGCUUUUGGUUAAGCAGAAGGUGGAGCUGCUCGAGGCCUUCACCGGCUUCGAGACCAACAACAAGUUCUCCAUCAAGAACGCGCUUGGCCAGAAGGUAUACUAUGCGGUGGAAGACAACGACUGCUGCACGCGGAACUGCUGUGGUCCGUCCCGUCCCUUCGACAUGAAGGUGUUCGACAACUACCGCCAGGAGGUGAUCCACAUGCACCGGCCCCUGGCCUGCUCGGCCUGUUGCUUCCCCUGCUGCCUGCAAAGCAUUGAAGUAUCCGCACCGCCGGGUAACGUUAUCGGCACCAUUGAACAGGAGUGGUCCAUCUGCUCGCCCUCCUUCCGCAUCCUCAACCACAUCGGGGACACAGUGCUGCGCAUUGAGGGUCCCUUCUGCACCUUCUCCCUCUGUGGCGAGGUGGAGUUCAAUGUGGUCUCGCUGACUGGCGAGAAGAUCGGAAAGAUCUCGAAGCAGUGGUCUGGACUGGCGCGCGAAAUCUUCACGGAUGCGGACUUCUUCGGCAUCAGCUUCCCACUGGACCUGGAUGUGCGUAUGAAGGCGGUUCUGCUGGGCGCCACAUUCUUGAUUGAUGCAAUGUUCUUUGAGAAGUCUGGCAACCGGGAAACCGACGGACCGGGUAUGCUGUAAUAAUUCGACACGUGUUGUUGUUGCAGUGGUCUCUGAACCACCGCGUUCUAGUCUGCUGAUGGCCAAAGCUGACGACUCUCUACCAAAUGCUUAAAAAUGGAAAUGGAAUCAAAAUACUGGAAUCUUUGUUAAUGCUAAGGACCGUAAACCGUAAACCGACCUGACAAACUCAGGCCUCAUAGCCGGGAUAUUCGUAUCUACUACGCUUAAGUAACACGUUGGCAUUUUUGCUCCUUUGCCACAAUCGCCACAAUCAUCUUCAACGAAAAACUGCUUCCUUAAUGAAAUUUUUUGUACCUCCUACAACGAUGCACAGUGAAACAGGAACUACUAGCUAAUGAGUAACUCCCACGUGAACCAUGUACUUUAAUCUGUAUUCUGAGUGUCUUAUACAUAAUACUCGUAUAUGUAUGUAUAUAAAACACACACAUAGUACACAUGUAUGCAAUACAAUAAUCUACAUUGAUGUUAUGCUUAAGUUUUCAGGAGAUAUUUCUUAUAUUGAUGUAAUCGAAGAUAUUUAUGUAUUCAAAUGUAUUACUCGGAAGGUUUAAUAAAAGAAAAACAAAAAUCAA